AUGGCAAUUUUUGAAUUAUUUUUUACUUUGUUCUUGUUUGCAAUUAUACACAGUAACAUUGCCCAAGUAGAUGCAACUUUUUCCAAAAGCAUGUAUAUUACAUGGGGUGCUCAACAUGCAUCACUUCAAGGUGAUGAUCUCCAACUUGUGUUGGAUAAAACUUCAGGAUCUGCGGCACAAACAAAGAUACCAUUCUUAUUCGGAACUAUUGAAUCAAGAAUCAAACUAGUAUCAAACAAUUCUGCAGGAACCGUUACAGCUUACUACCUAUCUUCCACAGGAAACCAACAUGAUGAGAUAGAUUUUGAGUUCUUAGGAAACAUUUCAGGACAACCUUAUACAAUCCAUACAAAUGUAUACACACAAGGAAAUGGAAGCAAAGAACAACAAUUUCAUCUUUGGUUCGACCCAUCUACUGAUUUUCACAACUAUACUAUCCAUUGGAACCCUACUGAAAUUGUGUGGUAUAUUGAUAGUAUUCCAAUUAGGGUAUUCAGAAACUAUGAAAAUGAAGGCAUUGCAUACCCUAACAAACAAGGAAUGAAGGUGUACACAAGUUUAUGGAAUGCUGAUGAUUGGGCCACUAGAGGUGGACUUGUUAAGACAGAUUGGAGUAAUGCACCAUUUACAGCUAAAUUUAAUCAUUUUAGAGCAAGAGCUUGCAAGUGGAAUGGAGAAGUGAGUAUUAGCCAAUGUUCUUCAAAUGUAGCUGCAAAUUGGUGGAUUUCUCCAACAUACAAACAAUUGGGCUAUGCUCAAUUAGGGCAAAUGAAUUGGGUUAGGAAAAAUUAUAUGAUCUAUGAUUAUUGUCGUGAUACCAAAAGAUUUAAUGGACAAAUGCCUCUUGAAUGUUUCAAGGCACAAUUCUAG